AUGGCCCCGACAAAGGAAAAGUACGUCGAGGACACAGCCAGCACCGCCUCGGGCGAGGAGGGCGCGGCACCUCCCCCCCGGCGCGAGAAGAAGACCAAGAAGAAGAGCAAGAAGAGCAAGUCGUCCAGCCAGGCGCUCGACCAGAUCCCCGGCGUGGGCGACGUGGGCGGCACAGCCGAGGGCGCUAUGAGUACCGUGUCCAACACGCUGGGCUCAGUUGGCGGCGGCGUCCUGGGGGGCGGCCAGAAGGAGCAAGGCGGCGAGUCGGGCGGUGGCGGCAAAAGCGAUACGCUCCGUCUGCGUCUCGACCUCAACCUCGACAUUGAGAUCCAGCUCAAGGCUCGAAUCCACGGCGACCUCGAGCUCGCUCUGCUGAACUAG